AUGACGGAUGUGGAGGUGGUGGUUGUGGUAGUGGUGGAUGGCGGUUGUAGAGGUGGAGGAGGAGGAGGUGGUGGUGGUGGUGGUAGAGGAGGAUGUGGGGGUGGUGGUGGCAGAGGUGGCAGUGGUGGUGGAGGUGGUAGAGUUGGAUGUGAAGGUGGAUGUCGUGUCAUUUUAAAAAAUUAA